GGUACAUCCAACGCUGAAGGUGGCGACCCCCAACAUCCCCCUCAAUUCCCACAGUUAUUUGCAGACAUUUUCAACCAUGAAAACUUGCCGAAUCGCCGACACGACUCAGAAUUCUUGACAUAGAGUUUCCAUUCAGUUGCGUCAAAUGGAGUUGUUCAAAGAGAUUCUAGCCAUCACAAGAUAUCACCGUCACUGAAGACGUCAUGUUUUGUGUCUUGGUAACUUGCUUACGGGCUUCCAGAUGAAACACUGUGAAUGUACAUGUCCCUAUGACAGCAGUUUUCCUUGUUCAUUCAGCAGGCAAAUAUGAUCGUUUCAUGAGAAGAUACUGAAAUACCGAAGAGAGCAUGACAGGUUUGAGUUGAAAGUGGAAUAAUGUUGGAACUGGGGUUGCGAGUUGUGAGGGGGCCUGAUUGGAAGUGGGGCCAGCAAGAUGAUGGUGAAGGACAUGUUGGAACUGUUGUAGAAAUAGGAAAAUUUGGUAGUUCAUCGUCUCCUGACAAAACUGUGGUGGUGCAAUGGGAUUCGGGAUCCAGAACAAAUUAUCGUGUAGGCUAUCAAGGAGCAUAUGAUCUUCGAGUUGUUGAUAAUGCACCUGCAGGUGUUAAACACCCCAACAUCAUUUGUGAUGGUUGUAAAAAACAUGGAAUUGCAGGCAUGCGAUGGAAAUGCACGCGCUGUUAUGAUUAUGACUUGUGCACAACGUGUUACAUGUCUGAUAAGCAUAAUGUUGAUCACAUAUUUCAAAGAUUUGAAACAGCCAAUUCAAUUGGAAUUGAAAUGGGAUCCAGAAAAGGGUGUACUAAAAUUCAGAUAAAAGGAAUAUUUGUUGGUGCGAAAGUUGUCAGAGGCCCAGAUUGGGAUUGGAGCAAUCAGGAUGGUGGUGAAGGUAAAACUGGCAGAGUCAUUGACAUUCGAGGCUGGGAUGAUGAAUCAGGGCGAUCUGUAGCCAAUGUGACAUGGACGUCUGGCUCUACUAAUGUUUAUCGACUUGGCCACAAAGGAAAAGUAGAUCUGAAAUAUGUUCAAGAUGCACCAGGAGGUUACUACUACAGAGAUCAUUUGCCAGUUUUAGGACAAAAUAUUGAAGUAUUGAUGGGUGCAAGUAGGGCACCUGGUUCUCCUCGACAUCUAACAUUUAUUGUGGGUGAUAAAGUAAAGGUUUUGAAAGAUGUGGCAACACUGAAAGCAAUGCAAGAAGGCCAUGGUGGUUGGAAUCCACGCAUGGCUGAGUAUAUAGGAAAAAUUGGAACAGUCCACAGAGUUACGGACAGAGGAGAUAUAAGAGUACAGUAUGAAGGAUGCAACAAUAGGUGGACUUUCCAUCCUGGUUCUCUUACAAAAGUCAACACUUUUUCUGUAGGAGAUGUUGUUAGAGUUAAACAUGAUUUAGCCAAAGUUCGGGAUUACCAGAAAGGCCAUGGAGAAUGGAUUGAAGUUAUGAAAAGUGCUCUUGGUAAAUUGGGAAAAGUUAUAAAAAUUUAUUCUGAUGGUGAUCUACGUGUCAGCAUAGAUGGACAAACUUGGACAUUUAAUCCUCUCUGUGUCCAACUUAUUCCUGGAUCUGCUACUGAACUUAAUAACACCAUGCAUGCCAAUCAACGAGAAGAACAUGCUAACCCUUUAGCAUCAUUGUUGUCAAACUUGACAAUUCAAGAGCAACCAGAGAACACAAGUAUGGAUAAUUUGGUGCGAGAAGCUGCCCAAGGCCAUAUAGAGACUGUGCGAGAAUUUGUAACCAAAUUUCCUGAAAAAGUUGAUGGUAAGAGUGGAGGUAAAACAUGUUUACAAGUUGCGUGUCAUCAGGGUCAUACGGAGUUGGUCUGCUUUUUACUGUCUGCUGGAGCUUCCCCAGAAAUUCCUGAUGAUGAAGGAGACACAGCUUUACACUAUUCAGCUUUUGGAAAUCAACCUGAAAUAAUGGAAAUUUUGCUAAAGCGAGGAACUAAUGUUGAUGCAAUGAACAGAGGCCGGUGUACUGCUUUGCAUGUGGCUGUAAAUAAGCAACAUGUUCAAUGUGUCAAAUUGUUAAUUAAGUACAAAUGCAACAUUAAUAUUCAGGUAGAACAUAAAAAGGAUACAUAUGGGGAUACUGCCUUGCACGAUGCAAUUGGGAAAGAUAGUACAGAAAUCAUAGAUCUUCUUUGCAAUGUUCCUGGCAUUGAUUUCACUUUGAAAAAUAAUCGAGGUUUUAAUGUCCUUCACCAUGGUGCACUAAAAGGAAAUAAUUUUGCAACUGAACGUUUGUUGUGUCGAACUCGACAACUUGUGGAUGUAAAGAAGGAUGAUGGUUUUGCUGCAUUACAUUUAGCCUGCUUAAAUGGACACAGAGCUGUUGCUGAAACACUUUUAGCUCAAGGCCAAGCAGAAGUUGAUUUAAGAAAUAAUCGUAAACAAACACCUCUACUUUUGGCUGUAUCGCAGGGGCAUUGUUCACUGGUAGAACUUGUUGUGUCCAUGUCUGCUGAUGUGCAUGCUGAAGAUGAGGAUGGUGAUACAGCCCUGCAUCUUGCCCUAAUGAAAAGAGCUUCCAUUAACACAGAAAUACAUGAAUUAGAAGCACCUACAAUUUAUGGGAUUUCUACCCAGUUGGCAAGCAGAACAACAGAAAAUCUUGUGGCUUUGUCUAUUGCAUGUUAUCUAGUCCAAGAAGGUUGUCAAUUGAAUAAGAAAAAUAAUAAAGGGAAAACACCAUUGGAUUUGGUUGCUGAUACACCCUGGACAGAAAUUCUUCAGCAGUAUGUGACUUCCAGAAGUACACAACCUAUUGCCAGGGCUCUCAGUUCUGAGAGUUCAAGAUCUGGUGACACAGAAUCUCCAGUUACUGAUCAGUCUUCAAGUAGUGCUACAGAAAAUGGUGAAAAACGCACCCUUGCUCCUGUUGAAUGUGCUGUUUGUUCAGAACUGGGUGAAGAGAAUGUGUUGUUUGAACCAUGUGGACAUCACAUAGCAUGUGAAGAUUGUUCGUCACGCAUGAAGAAAUGUUUGAAGUGUGGGCAGCCUAUAAACAAACGUUUAACGCAAGAUGGUCGUAUAAUAGCAUGCAAAUCUCGACAACCCAGUACAGAACGUUUGCGAUAUCUAGAAAGUAAAAUUGCGGAAAUCGAAGAAGCUCAUUGUUGUUCCAUAUGCAUGGAGCGUCGACGUAAUGUUGUGUUUUUGUGUGGGCAUGGUGCAUGUGAAAAAUGCUCUACUACUUUAAAAAUCUGUCAUAUGUGUCGUAAAACCAUUACAAAGAAGAUAAAUCUUUAUUAGUUUGAUCUUCUUUUAAGGAUGAACUGAGAGUAUUAAACAUACUUUUCUACAACAAAAAGAAACUUCAGCUGGAAUGUUUGUUUAUAAGUAUGCAUGUACAAUUUCAUUGGAAAGAAGAAUGCAUAUCAUAUGAUAAUUGAAGUUAUCGGAUAUGAAUGAGGCUUUAUAUAUGUUAGAGUUGAUUGUACCAUCAAAGAAAUGUGAAAUUUAGUCAAAUGUGAAUUUUACAAUUCUUGUUUUAACUUUCAUAUCUUAUUUGUCAAUGACAAAUAUUGAUGCAAAUUGUAUUUUAUAUUUACUUUUAUAGUCUUGGUGUGUUUCUUUUCUACAUCUGUUAAAAAAAGAAGAAAUUAAGUUCAAGUUAAUUGUGAACCCACUCUAAAUUCUGUGUUCAAGCACUUAAUUAAAAAUAUUGUGAUUUUGUAAAUUUCAUUCUUCUUUGAUUCAAAGGAUGUAGAAAAUCUGCAUCAAAAGACUGAUGUUGCAAAGCUCUCUAUUUGCCAUCAAAGUAUGAAUCCAUUAGUGUUGGAGGGACCGGAAAGUGUACCAAGGAACUGUACCAUUCAUCAGGAAACAUGUUAUUAGUAUCAUUGUAGUAGAUAUUGUUUUUCUUAUUAGCAUCUAGACUCUGUUGCAUUUGUAGAACCGUAAUGGAAAUAUUCCUAGAAUACCGGUGACAAUUAAUUACCUUAAGUUGUGAAACAAAACCAAAGUCAUUGCAACAUUUAAAUGAAGAUAAUCCUGCAAAUGGAACAGGUCCUUUUGUAAUAACUGAUUUUUCAGAAUUGAGGGUUCCUCAUAAAAUUUAAAUUCAGAAUUGGAGAUGAUGAAACGGUUCAUUCAUGAAAAGUCUGAUAAUUCUGCCAUGCAAAUACUUUAUUUAUUAGCGAUCUGGCUUUUUAUUUGCUUAUUGUUCAUGUUCCACAUGGAAGGUGCUGAAUACAUAACUAUUUAUUAGAUCUUCUGUAUUUAUUUGUUAUUUCUGUUAAUUUACACAGGUAAAUUAAGGUGUGUUAACAUUGUCAUGAAACACCAUGCAUGUAAACAUUCUGUAUCAAAAAGUGAUUUAAUUGUGAUAAUGGGCCUCAUUUUCUUUGGGUCAGAAUAAUUUUCAGGUACUAAUACAUUUUCAAGACUCUAAAUGAAAUCCCUUGAAAGUGAUUGUUACUUUCAGUUUCUGGUAUUUUGAAAAUUUUUCUUAACAAAUCUAUUAUUUCGGUUGUCAGCAGUAAUGCAUUAUUGCCUUCAUACACAUUGAAAGAAAAGCAAGUCUAUGUAUGUAAAUUAUGUCCAAAAUAUGUUUCUUCUUUUUGUUUUAUUUUAAUAUCAAUGUCCUCUUUAUUAUCCUGUAAAUAUGUCAUGGAAACAUCUGUGGUUGUGCCAAGCACUUCAGUUUUGAUGAUAAAGUAAAACUUUAUAGAAAGGAUUAAUUUUGAAGAAAAUUUAAUUAACCAAUACUCCUUAUUUGCCAAUUUAUAACCUGCAGCAGUGGUAUCCAUUGUACCAAUUUCAAGUUAAAACACCUACUCAGACAUUCACACAGAAUUAUCUUUAAUCCCCACCUUGACAUGAAUGCAACUGUAGUUAUUUCAGGGACAAUAAAACGUGAUUAUAUAUUUUUAAGUUUCAGAUGUGUAAUACAAUUUCUAAACAACAUUGUGGUUUUGCUCAAAAAUAUUUGAAAUUGAAGUAAUCUAAAUACAUUCUGUAUAGUACAUUAAAAUUGGAAUAUUAUGAUCCAACAGCAUUAAGGAAAAAAAUUAUUAAUCAAGAACAUUUAUCAUAACUAAGAUAUUUACAUUUCUUGAAAUUUUAUACGCUUUUGUAUCUUUCAUGUGAAACACCAUAUGCAUAUCAAGAUCUUUCUUGUGAAAGUUCUGGGAAUUGAGAGGUUUUUAGUUUUCUUUUAAGAAUAUUUUUGGUGAUAGUGAAUGACGAGAAAAAGAGAUGUAAACUUUUGACCCUAAGAUGUUUGUGUUGUAAUUAUUGAAAAUGCAUUGAAAGGAAAUGGAGUAGCUUAGUACAGUUUAUCAUAAAAAUUAAAAUUGGUUUGUUCUGCAUUAGGCUUAUUCAAUUUCCAAUCUUAGGGAAUGCCUUGGGGAAGAAUUGAAUUGUCCACUAUGGAAGUAGAAUAAUUCACGUUCUCUUAUUUAAGGGUUCCUCAUUGGACAUUGUAUGCAUGCUAACAGUCUUGUAACAGAUGACAUUUUAAAAACAAACAACAAAAUCUGCAAAGCACAUAAAGCUAAUAAAAGUUAUUAUUUCAAAAAUAUUUAAGUAAGUCUGAACUGAAAUCGGCCUAAACUAUGGCCUCUACCUGAAAUUCUUUCUGAAUCCGUGCCUGUGUAUUGUAGAGAAAAUGUAUGGAGCAAGAGCAGCAAUUUUUUGACAGAAAUCUCAUUCUGUGAGUCUCAGUGAAAAAAUGGAUAAUUUUAUGUGCGGUAAAUAACUUUCUCUAACAUAAUGUGAGGACAAUGAAAUUGUGUCGUCAGAAUCCGUAUUUUCUGGGUCCUUGAUACCAGAAAAUUGGUUUAUGGCAAAAUGUUUGUUUUUCUGUCAGUCUGUCCAUCUGUGAAUACUAGCGACUAAACUAUAUACAAGAUUUUCACCAAAAUUGAUAUACUCCAACCGAUCUGGCUGAUGCAGUGGCUGCUUGAAUUUUAAAUGAAAAUUUUAAUUUUGGGGUCUAGUUUAC